AUGUCCCCCGUCAUCAUCCUCACUGGCGCCUCUCGUGGCCUUGGUCUUUCCGUCCUCCGCAUCCUCCUCGACACCCACAACGCCAGAGUCGCCACCCUCUCGCGGUCCCUCACUCCGGAGCUCGAAGCGGCCGCCAAGGAAUAUCCUGGCCGCGUGCACCCUGUCCAAGGCGAUGCCGGCAAGCCAGAGGACAAUGCUAGGGUAGUCAAGGAAGCUGUAGAGAAGUGGGGCCAGCUGGAUGGGCUCAUUGUCAACGCUGGCAGCAUAGACCCUGUUGGCAAGCUCGGUAGCGUCUCUUUGGACGCCUUGACGCCGUAUAUUCAGAUGAAUCUUCUUGCGAGCAUCUACCUGAUCCAACCUGCCCUUCCUCAUCUCCGAGAAUCGAAAGGUCGAAUCGUGCUCGUGUCUUCUGGUGCCUCUACGACUGGAUACCAAGCCUGGGGCUUGUACUCUAUGGCCAAGGCCGGUAUGAACAGUCUGGCUAGGACUUUGGCUAGUGAAGAGAAGGAGAGUGGAGUGUCUACUUUCGCUGUCAGACCGGGAGUUGUAAACGUGCCUAACAUUUCACAGAUGCAGCUCUUCCUCCGUACUCAUGGCCCGGGUGAGAUGAGUGACACCGACAUGGCCAAGUUCCAAGGAGCUUACGAGAAGGGCGAACUCCUCGCACCUGAGCAGCCUGGUUCUGUGCUUGCUGGUCUUGCUGUCAAGGGCCCUGCGGAGCUCAGUGGGGAGUAUAUCAACUGGGCAGAUGAGAGGUUGAAGCAUCUCCAGCUAUAA